AUCUGAAACACGCGAUCCUAGUAUCUAAUGUAGCUGGUAGCGUAGAAUCGUUGAGCCCCAAGCAAACACGGGUACGUCAGAGCGCGGGACGGGUGAUAAUGCAAUUACUUGUAGUAAUCUGUCGGCGCGGCGUGCCGGUGGGAGUCAGUCAGGCGCGCUCAGCCACACACUGCACAGACAUGCGCGGAAGCACUGCGGGGCUGGCCGACACGCUGGCGAGCGGCUCGCGCGCGCACGCCGCGCUCCUCGAAUGCGCCGACGCGCUCUUCGCGAGCCUCGUGGUGGCGCCAGCCGUCGUCACCUACUGGAAGUCCACAUGGACCCUGAUGGACCUGUACGUGCUGCCCGACGACCCCGUGGGCAGCGCGGCCGCGUGUGCUGCCUUCGGACUGUGCUGUGACUUGUUGUUUUCCGUGUUCCAAACGCAACUGAGUAAAUACCUUCGGCCGGAGCGGGGUAGGCUGACGUACUACAUAGUGUCGCGGCUGUGCACGGGCGUGGCGGGCGUGGCGUGCGUGGGCGCGUGGCGUGGAGUAUGGAACCUGCUGAACGAGUGCACGGGCGACAGCGCGCGGACGCUGCUGUCGACCACGGCGGCCGCCACGCUGUCGCUGGCUGCGCUCAGGGCGCUGCGGAACAUCUGCGCGGCGCCUUUCGCUGUUGCCGUUGACUCGCCUCAGGAUUACUUCGAUGUGCCCACUAUGUUCCGUACGAACAGUAGAGAGACGAUGCUGUACAUCCUAGACUGCAUCUUCUCAGUGACAGUGGUCGGUUCACUGGUGGUGUUCGUCUGGCGCGGCUCCUGGGCACUGCUCGACAUAUUCCUCUUCCCUGACGACCGGACAAAAUCCUGCUGGACUUCAUUGAUAGUAGGCUACGCGGUGGUGAUAGUCACAUUCGCCCUUCAAGCCCCAGUGCGCUGGUCUGCGGCGAGGCUACACGGCGCGCCCCGACUCCUGCUGGCUGAUGUAUACCACUUCAUCUCCUUCAUAGCCACCGUCAACGUCUGGCGAGGAGUGUGGGGACUGCUUGAUAUUUACUUCUUUCCAGAAUCACCAAAGCUCAGCAAUUGGAGCUCCCACAUCAUCAGCUUGACGCUCCUCAUCCUGCUGAACUGUUCCAACUCGGUGAUCGUCCGAGGGGUCUACAUCGACGCUGAGGAGCCAGCGGGAGAGUGCGUUGUCUUCCCUUGCCAUUACCUCAGGCUUUUCUUCCAUAAAGAACGAACCAAGAAGAGGCACAGAAGAGCUUUACAGGCUGCUGCAGCUGCUGGCAGAAAGCCAGAAGAUGCUAGCGUACCCUUACAGAUACCUGAAGAAAAAGUCUAGUUUUAAAAUGUGUUCCACAGUAGUGAAGGAACUUUAUUUGUACGGUUAGUCCCCAGUGAUGCAGUGUUUUUGAAGUGAACAAGGGGAUUGAGGCUAUUAACAUACGGAGUAAUAUUACGUGACCCGCCUAUGGAGUAUAAUACUACUUAUAAGAGCGAAACUAGCUUAAAAUACCUGAUACUUUCGAAUAAUAAUGAUUUUGAAACAAGUUGUUCAAAAUCGUUCGUACUAGUUUAGUAGUACGAAUUUGCUGCUAGGUAAGAAUUUCGCCUCUAUUCGAAGUAUUUUUAAUCACAUUUUUCUACAACAUUGCCCCAAACACGAAUAAAAAAUACGCAAAAACCGUAGCCGAAAGUCUCGUAGCAAUUCUCGUAGCAAAAGAUGUAGCGCGUAGCAUUUUUCUUUUACUCAAAACUUUGUGAAAUUCAACACUGUUACUGCAUAAAUAUUUAGUGCUCUUUGUGAUUGUGAUUGUUGUUAUAUGUUUUUUCUACUAUAUAAGUAAUAAUACAUAACAAUAAAGGUAGUACAAAAACAGAUUCUAUUGUAAAACUUUUA